AUGAGGCUGGUUGGGUUGUUUCUCCUGUUGAGCCUGCUCUAUGUCGCAGCGUACAAGAACGAACAGUGCCAGAGGAGAACGGACGAGCAACUUAUCUGGGAGUACGACGUGAGAAGAUCGUACAGGAUCGGUGCAUAUCAAGAAGUCGAGGCGGAGUAUGGACCAACUGGUGCGACAAUCACGUGCAUAGGAGUCGAUUCCUUGUCAGAGGAGAACAACGGAGCCAUGUGGGUUACUUCCGGCGGGAUAGGAUACAAUUUUAUAAAGAUUAAGUUCCGCUCGAAAUACUCCAGAGGACUUCAUUAUCGAGUUUACGUUUAUGGAAAACCGCAUUCCAUCAGGAAAUCUUGA